AUGUCUCAGCCCGUGUACGCGCACGGCGCGCACGUCGCCGCCCCGGGUGCGCAGGUCAUGUACGUCGACGGCGCGCACGCGGGAGGGUACGUCGACGGGGCGUACGUGACGGAGAAUUACGUCGGACCCAUCUCCAUCGUUCUGGGAUGCAUCUUGUUGGGACCGCUCCUGUGCCCGCUCGUGUUCGCGUGUCCGUGCGAUACGCGCACGCGCUUCGUUCCGAUCGCGCCCGGCCCAGUCGCGCGCGGACACCCGGCGCCGACGGUGGUCGUCACGCAAGGGUACGCCGAGCCGGGACCGAGCGCGGGCGGUGGCCAUAAGGGGGGGCAGAGCGGGUAUUAUCCCGACGUGUAG